AUAAAUCAAAGAUGGUGUCACUAAUCAGUGCGAGAAAGAGCACGAAAUUAUAACGUUGGCAAUACUGGAAGCACGUGUGCUCGUGAAUAUGAUUGCAAUCGCCAGCUGUCAUACGCUAUCCUAUUUAACAUCUCCGUUUCAUUUCUGAAUUGAUUUAUAAGCUCAAUCACCUAUGAAUAUUGCAAGCAUACGUUGUAUUCAACCUGUAAGUCCAGAAGGUGAUUAAUAAAAUGGAAAAAACUAGCAAGAAGGAGCUCUGGGAAAUCGUAGACAAGCAGAGGCAAAAGCUAACCAAGUAUGAAAACCGUUUGAGAGAUAUCGUGCCGGCGUACGAAAGUCUAAUAAAGGAAAAAGAAGCCCUAGAAGAAAGCCUCAAAGCUUUUAUCCUUAAAACUAAGGCUGACGUUGAUAAAAAUGAUAAACCGUCGGAUUUGAAAACUGGCACUGAACCGGUGCCCAAUUCUAAAAAAGAAGCAAGUCCACCAGAGACUGUGGAGCAGUUAAAAACUCAGCUUAGUGCCCUGAUGAAUUCACUAGCAACUCUUUCGGCAGAAAAAUCAAAAAUGGAGGCGAAUUUUCAGUCUGAUAAAAAACAGCUGCGUACGGAAAGAGAAGAAUAUGAAAAAGUUAUCAGAGAGUUGAGAGAAAAAUUAAAACAGGCACAAAAAGAGAUACGCUCCGAGGUUGAACAUGUUAAGUAUAAACUGAUCAUGGAACGGCAUGAACGGGAAAAGGAGCAAGCUGAUCAUUCCGCAAUGAUUAAGUACAUAUACCUCACUUGUAUGAAGAUUGCUUUCGACCAUUGUUGGGAACUGCAAAGACUGCUCAACGACGAAAGAUGCGCCAAAGAACAGUUGGAAAACCAAGUUAGAGAUCUAAAGAUCAAUGUCGCGAGUAAAGAGCAAAGUAAGUUGCUAGAGGCGGAGUUAGAAAUUGCUAGGAAUAAAUUGAAACAAGCAGAGGCAGCUGCAAAAGAAACUCCUCCACUGCUGCUUUCUUUACAAUCUGAAAUGGCGAGUUUAAAACAACAACAUCGCAAUGCAAUUCAAGAGGAACAAAAAAGAGCCUCUGCCGCAGAACAACAGGCAAGAAUUCUAGCAAUGACGCAUGAAUCCCGAGUUGCUGGGUUGGAGGCUCGAUUAGCAGAAUUAUCGGAAACAGUCGGAGGAUACGAUAGACUGAGGCAUCAGGAUCAGCAAGCUAUUCAAAAGCUAAAGGACCAAUUGGCCAACUUGCAGGGGGCUGGAUGUAAAGAUGAAGAAACAGGAAGGUUUGAAAAUGAUCCAGAAGAAAUUGCAGCUAAAAUAAAGAAGCUCUAUGCUCGUAUGUCGGACCUGGCUAAUCAGGACAAGUCGUCUGAUAUCAAAAGUAAAUUAAAUCUACGCGAUGUUAACGAGGAUCUAGAGUACAAAGAAAAGUUUGAAAAACUAGAGCAAGAGUUCGAAGAUUUUAAAUUGAAAACAUCGGCCCAGCUUCGUCAUGCGAUACCUGAUUCCUCACUGAAUAAAGAACGGGACAAAAUUACUGCUUCUGAAUCAAAUGAAAGUGGCAAUUACAAACUGCAGUUGAAUGCUGCUAAAUUGCAGGUUAAAAAUUUGGAAGAAAGAUUGCGCAGAUCGCAUGCAGAUAUAAUUAACAAAGAAAAAGAAUGCAAAUCUCAAUUAGAAAAUCAGCAACAGCUACUCAGAGAAGAACGAUUGAAAAGUGAACGAUCGCUAUCUCUGAAAGAGAAUGAAUUCCGAGGGAAGAUUUCAACUUUGGAACAUCAGCUUCAACGUCAAAGGGAACGAACAUUAGUAUUAAUUCAGGAAAAGGACCAAGAAAUUCAAACCUUAAAGUCGUCAUUUCACGCGUUACUGCCAAAGAAAGCUUCUUCUGGAGAUCAGGAAGACCGCUCCAAAUCUCCAACUCCGGACAAUAUUUCCGAGCCAGCAGUUGAUCUCGUUACAGGCUUGCUGACAGCCGACAGUCCACCUAUGCUCCAUUACGCUCAAGAAUUGGCGCGGCGAGAAGUCCAGGUUUCAGGAUUACGAAAAAGCAAUAUGAAAAUGGAAGCAGAUAUUAGAGAGAAACACAGAGAAUAUAUAAAAGCUACUGAAAGACACAGGGAGGAAUUGAAGAGACUAGAAAAUGAAGUUACAAGAUUGAAAGCCUACAAAUCCAGAGAAGGUGCAAAUCUCGAGUACUUGAAGAAUGUCGUACUCAAUUACCUCCUGACUAAUGAUGCAUCCAGUAAGCGGCAUAUGUUGAAUGCUAUUUCUACAAUUCUUCACUUCACUCCGGAAGAGGUGGAGAAAAUUCGUCACCUCAAACGACAUUGAUGAAUAUAUCGAUUAAAUGGUGCUACAUUCGUCAUUAUAUUCGUUUCUUGAAAGUAAUCGGAGCAAAAUCAUCAGGGUGUCACGUUUCGAGCAGGAUUAUUUUUCUCUCUGCGACUACCUUGGCCUGGACAAUCUGCCUGGGGUAAAAGGUGAAAAAUUUCGCAAUUAUUCAUUCUUCACUCAUCGCACGAGUGAGAAGAAACAUUCCCUUUAUCCACUACAAAUAGUUAAUCGACUAAAACAUUAGAUAUAGCAUUUAAAUUAUUUAUAAAACGAUACGAAAAUAUUCUAUGUAAUGUGUUUGAUGAGAGAUAUCCAAAGGACUAUCAAAUUGUACGAGACAGUAAAAAGAAACUUGAUUUAGCGAUAAAUUCUUAGAUUUCAUGUAGUUUCUGGUCUUGUUAAGAAGUGGAUACGAAAACACUCAAAAGACACGUUCAAACUAUUAAUUCUACAUGAAAUUUAUUAUAUCGCUUUCUCUACAUGAAGUGAUCACAUUGUUGGCAUUGAAAAAAUAUCCUCAAGCAAUAUUUUCUAUCUAAUGCCUACUGCAAGUACUCGGGAUGUACGAAAUACACAUUAUGUAACACAUUUACAAUAAAAUUAUUAAUAUAUAUAUAUGUAAUAUAUAUAUAUAUAUAUAUAUACAUAUAUUAUAUAUAUGCAUGUGUGUAUAUUAUUUAAAUGAUUCAUAUACUUGAGUCUAUAAUAUCGUUACAGUUUAUUGAUUAUGAUUAUACGUAUCGUCAUAUCGCACAAUCAAAUAUUUAUCGUUUUAUGUACAGGAAAGGCUAGUGGAGAAAGACUGCAGCUCAUGCAGGAUUGUGCAAAUUGUUACCAAUUCUCUUUAUCGAACAACAUGAAAUAAUAAACAUCUCUCGCUUCGAUCACAUUCUCGAUAAUAUAAUAUAACACGUACCUCUAUUUGUAUAUAAUUUACGUUCUCUAAUGCGAUUUAUAAUAGCAUCAAAAUGAUACAACAUUACAGAAGUUUACGCGGUCGAUUUUUAUCUUAACAAAGAUAUUCAUAUUUAUACUAAAAGAUUAAUAAUAUGUUGUAACUAACAGCGGACUGGGUUUUGUUAUAUAUGUACCAUAUAUACAAGUAAGCUACAUUCACCUGACAAAUCAAGCUCGAUGUAGAAGCUUGAAAAUUACUUGAAAAUCAACAGUUAUAAUCAACCUCUUCCCAAAAUGGGAAUACAAAAUUUAGAUUUUCAAUCGUAAGUACAAUACAAAAAUUCGUCGAAAUAUACGUGAACACGUUAAAAAUGUACCCACCGAACGAUCGAUACUAAAUAUUAACAUUUAACUGAUUUCGUAAAAAUGUACUUACGAAUAAAAAGUAGAAAAUUUAUUUUCAACACUUCGAAGGCAUAUUGUGUCUCUACAAUAUCGUUCAGUUAUUAAUGUAAGCUCAAUAUGUCGGCGAUUGUCAACACAGAUUUCAACAUCUUAUUUAUUCUGUCACACGCAAUUUUCUAUUUUAGACAUUAAAUAAUUCGAUUCACGCUUCUCUUUUAACGCGACAUUCACCCGAAUAUCAAUUAUCCAAUUUCUCUAGCAAAUAUUCAAUUUAAUUUAUGUAUUUUUCCCUGUCACUUAAUUUUAUUUUCAAAUAAUUGUUACGUCUUGGUAUCGUAAUUAAUAUUAUUAUUAUUACUAUUACCAUUAUUAUUAUUAUUAUUAUAUAUCUCAAUUAUUAUUACAGUCAUAUAACAGUAUGAUUUAUACAUCGUAUUAUAUACACAUUAAAGUAUGUAAUACCCUUAAAAAUUUAUGCUUUUCAAAAAAAAUAAUACAUCCGAUGUUUUUCCUCAAAAAAUUGAAACAGAAAUUUACUUCCUAAUUAUCGUUUCAGAGUAUCUUGAUUAAAAUUAACGAAACUUCAUACACCGUAUGGCUGUUCCCAAAAGCAAUUGAAUCACUGAGUAUUCAAUUAGUUGUCGACAAUAAAUUGUUACGUAUAGCAAUUUGAAGAAAAUAUCAUUUAUUUUCAUUUAUUCUCAAUGAGGAAGUUCCUUUUCCCACAACAGAAAUGCAUUUCAAUUAUUACGAUGUUUGGUCUAUAAGGCAUGACUGUGAAUUUCUAAGCAUCGAAAAGUUUUUACCGUUAAACCACUUAAAUUUAUAAUGUUGAUGUAAGCAUCCAUAUAGCCACGCGGUAAUAUGAUUGUAUUAAUAAUCGUUACCUCGUACUGCAGCUGUCGUCAAAAUGUUCACACAAUAUUCAAUAUUUGUUCAUUUCAUUUUUUGGUAAUCUUAUAAAUUGUCAGAAAGAAUCGUUCUCGCUACUUUGGGGAAUCCAUGCACCAGAUCUCGACUUUAGCUACAAGGAAAACAAAUCGAAUUCUAAUACAUUAUAGACAUUAACCGAAGUUUCAACCAGCUAAUUGAUAUUCGUGUGAUCAUUGCACCUGUCUUUAAUUUAUCUUAACCAAAAAUACCCUUAAAUACUGUUUUCUGUUAUCUGUUGAUACAACGAUGUGCGCGACGGAGAAUUAAAUGACUUUUAGCAAACUUUCAAGUAUUAUGAAACACAUACUUUAUAGAAAAUUG